AUGAAUGUUGUUCAAAAAUUAUAUUCGAUCGGCUGCGCCCAUAUCGCAUUCUAUCCACCAAAUGAGGCAUUUCUUCUUUAUCACGGACACCAAAAUACAAAUUUUACAUCAGUAUUUGUCCAAGACGGAUGUCCUGACAGCAGAAACUUGAAAGCGACGGUCUAUUCAGCGGACCAAUUCGAUUCUCGUCGAAUAUUCGAAGAAGUUCCGUUGCAUUGUGCAGCCAGAGUUCGAAUUAUCACCGAAAAAGUCGAUCUAGAAAGGCCUUAUGUGGAUGUGCUCGGUGUUCUCGAUGAGCAUCUCGCGAGUCACGUCUCGAAUGUUUGUAUUCAUGUUCAAAUAACGUCUUCGACGUCAGCGAAUGAGCUCGGCAAAUGUGUGCUCAACUCGAGAGAAGAGACGAAAACGAAUUGUGUGGUCCGUGUGCCUGUGCCAUUCUCGUGGUUCCCCGAUACGGCGAACAAGACAAAUGUUCUCUCGGUUUCUUACACAGUAUCUGAGAAAUGCGAUCAACGAUUUCACGAUCUUCCCCAGCAUCUCAUCGAGGUCUCGUCACGAGUGCCAAAACAGAAUGUGCAAAUUCUGGCGAAUUCGUCCGAAGAGCACAUUCAAGUCGCCGUUCGGAGCACGGCGAAUCAGUCGUUCUCGCAGAACUCUGUCCAAUCACUAUUCGUUCAUGUCGAUGGCUCGAAUAUCACGAAUCCGAUCGAAAUCCGAUUGUGGAUUGACUCGAGAGUCACCAUCGAAUCCGUGUAUCCGACAUCUCCGAACUGGACAAUUCGAGUCAGCUCGGCGAGUCGUCCGCUCUUUUACACGUCACUGUUUUGCACGCCCAAACAAUAUAUGACAAGCUUCAAUGCGAAUAUAAUUGCUCUUCUCAUCAAAAUGACAUCGGCUUCGGAAAUCAUCAAAGACGAUGUGAUUCUGCACUGGCAUGUUCUGUUCGCAAUGUCGGCUGACGACGUUGAUGAGAAGAAGCACAAAGUGGCCACCAAAUUUGGAGUUGUGCACGAUGAAAUCGCAGCAGUCGUUGUUGUGCCAAAACGAACAGAAUUAAUGAACAUUGCUGUGAUUUCUGGCCAACAAGUGAUGGCUUUAAUGCGCAUUUUCACCGUUUCGAUUGGAGCCAAAGCCGAAGACGUGACGGCUUCUUCUCAUUGCAUAUCAUCGGAUGCGAAGAUUCUGAAAACGAGUCCCACUUGCACAUCGGUAUACGUGGAUGGAUCGGAAACAAGUGGAUCUGCAGAAGUGCUCAUCUAUGCACAUUUCCAAAGAUAUACAACAUCAUUCCCAUUCCGAAUAUGGUAUCCGAGACUUCCUCUGACGGUGCGCGUGCUGGCGUCUUUGUCGAUAUUCGACGAGAAAACUGAAGAGCAAUUGUACUUGUCGUCGCACAAAAAAAUUCUCUUCGACGUCACUAAUGUUGUCCACAACACAUUACAAGUGGUGAAUCGAACCGUCGCAACGAUCAGAUUCAUCGAUGGACAAGCACAACUAAUCGGCGAAAAUAUUGGAACAACUCGCGUGCUAAUUCGAAAUGUCAAACUGGCGAAUGAUUUGGCAUCGGAAAGCAUUCUUGUGCAUUCCGAUGAGGUCGCCAUCAGCGGAUUGUCGGCCCGACCGAUAUGUCGCCUUCACAUCAGGAUUCUUCCGAUUCUCUUCAGUCCGGCGUUCUUCAAAAUCGAGACGACGUUUUCGACGAUCAUCACCCGAUUGUAUCAGCAGUGCUCAGUCGACUGCACAGUGAGCUAUUCGGAUGGCAAUUGGGAGACGCUGGCUCAUAUCGAUUCCGAAUAUUUCAACGUGGCCGCCCAUUCACACGAUGAUCGAUCGCUGGCGGUUUCGCAUCAUUCCGCCAAUAUCCAUGCCAUUGCGAUUGAUGAUCGACGUCCUCUUCCGUCGAUCGAAAUCUCAUUGAAUCCAUCUGCGCAAUGCUCGUCUGCUGUGAAUCUGAUGGCUCCGUUGGCUGCAACUAUUCUAACAGUUCCGAUUCACGUGAACUCGUCAAAAUCUGUCAUUGUCGAAAUUGAAUCGUCGACAUUCUCGAUUGAAUCCGAUGUGAAUGAAUCGCUGCCCGCUGUUCCGAUGCACUUGUUUCUUCUCACCAUCCUCGCGCUCAUUUUCAUUUUCAUUUUAAUAACCAUUAUUCGCAGAUCUGCCGCCUUUAAAGGAUACGAGCAACUGGUUGCUCCACUGCUUUCUCGUCUUUCAUCAUCCAGCUCAUCGACUCGUCACGAAGACACAAACGAGUGGGUGUGGCUGAGUCAACCCCAAAUGCCGUCGUCGACACUCAGUUCGGAUUAUUCCGACAAAUCCACCUCCUACAAGCGUCAGUCGUCGAGUUUCGACGACCCGACGCGUGCGAGUAUCUCCUAUCAUGGGUCCGAGAUAUCGGUCUUCCUUGCGCCGUCUUCGGCUAACGUAAUGGUGAACCAACAUCGAUCGAGGCAUGCUCUUGUUGAUUCGAAUUCCGAUCAUAAUCUUGCAAGAGUCAUGCCAAAAGACGACAAAUGGCAAGGUGAUCAAUACCGUACAUGGACAUGGAAAAAGCGUGAUCGAUUGUCAGCUCCUAUUCGCGAGAGUGUUGCUUAA